AUGCACAUCCAGAUUCUAGAACAAAGCCCCGAGGGCUUGGGCCUGGGCCAAGAUCGAAAAACUGCGCUGCGGCUCCGCCAGCAGCCGGGAGCCCCUAGCACAUGGCUGCAGUGGGGCGUGGGGGUGGGGUGCUUGUGGGAAGACCUCCAGCGGCAGAGCCAGAAAUACAGCGGCCGGGGGCGGGUCCCGGGAAAGCAUCACGGGGGCGAGGGUACAGGGUCCACAGCACUGAUAACGCGGGUUCUGCAGUUUGCAGAGAACGACGAAGGUCACGAAAUAGACACGAUCCCACCCACUGCACCUCCGCGCCGGAAUCCGCGGGCCUCUCCACGGCCGCGCCGUCUGAGGCACCUCGCGAACCCUUUUCCUCGGGCUCCCGACCCCUUGCCUCUCCUGCUCUACUCUGCCUGCCUCGCGGAGGUGGCUCCUCCUCAGGUGGCCCGGCAGGGGCCUCCCCCAGCAGACCUGUCACCCGACACCCAGGAAGCGCGCGGCCCCAUCCUGGGUCCUCUUUGUUCCCCCGCCGGGCUCCGCGCUCGGGCGCCGCCUCCUCCCGCGUCGCGCUGUGGAGGUUCGGGGCGCCGCCCUCAGCCCGGCCCGGAGGCGCCUCAGGUUCCGUCCAUCCGGCCCGCUCCGAACGAAGGCCCUUUAUGCCUUGUUUCUCCCGGGUGGACUACGCGCGGAGCUGGGAGGCGGCGGUGCGCCCAGCCCGGAGCCGGCGCAGUGACAGGAACCACUUCCCCAAGAGCAGAACGAAAUGAGAAUCUUCAUCACAUCACCCGCAGUUGGCAAACGUGUGGCAGCCUUGUAUUUGGUCUUGAUUCCUCAUUCUUAUUUUUAUUUCAUUGCAUCCAUCUUUUAUGUAACCCGCGUCAAAUUAUUUUUGAGGGAAAAGUGUUAAAGCAACCCCUUUCCUUUGGGGGAUGAGGAAAAUGUUCUAAAAUUAGAUUAUGGUGAUGUUUGUACAACUCUGUGAACACUAAAGACCAUCGAGCUCUGGUAUGUAAUGGUGUGGAAAUCAUUUGUCAAUAAAGCUUUUCAAAAAAUCUUGAGGCUAUUGGAGAUGGUGAGAAUGGGGGUACACUGUUGUUACCUCAAUGACUCCCUAAUUAGUGACUCAAGACAUUCUAGGAGGAUCUUUGGUAGAGGCACUGCAGGGCAGUGGAGGAAAAUGAUGACCACCCCUUGGUGGACCCAUACCCCAGGUCCCUUUUCUACUGUGGGGUAGGCUUUGCACCCGGGGUUGGGUCUCCCUGGCCAUCGCUGAUUGGCUGACCCGGAGGUAGACCCGUGACUUCAGUUGACCAAUCAGCAGCAGUCUUCCCUGAAGCUCGGGAGUGUGCUGAGUCCCAGCCCCUUCUGCAGCUUGUCUUUGCUUAGGCACCUCUGAGUUUCUGCUGUUAACACUGGAAACGUUUUUAUGCUUGGUGGCACCAGGCGCGUUCCUGCAUCAUCUCGUGCUGCCUGGGCAGGCGGGCGGAGCAGUCCCAGAGGCCCGCGCAAGCUGGGCCUUGUGGGAGGUAUUGGGACUGGCGUGGACCGAAGGCCAGAGGCCAGGACUCACAGCCCGCCCGUAGCCCAGCCUGGACCAACCCAGCGU